AUGAUUAAUAUUUAUAAAUAUUUUUGCUUUAUUUUACCUUUAAUUCAAUAUGGUUAUGGGCAAAGUUGUGCUAAUAAUAUGAUAAAACUUGGUGCAGGUGUUUCAUGUCAAAAUGAUUUAACCUGUAGAAAUAUGGCUAUUGGAUUUUUCUGUUACCAAGGAACAUGUUGCCAACUUUUAAAUGCACCUUCUGGAUCAUAUGGAUCAUCAUGUUCAUAUAACUCACAAUGUACUAUUGCUAAUUCUGAAUGUGUUAAUAAUAUUUGUUAUUGUACCUCAGGAUAUAAUUUUAAUGGAGUAUCAUGUCAAUAUGGAUCAUCUAUAAGUACUCCUAUCUAUGAUGGUAAUCAAUGUGGAUUUAAUCAAGUUUCUAUUAAUAAUCAAUGUUUCCAAACUGUUCUUUAUGGACAAUUUUGUACUUACAAUCAACAAUGUAACUAUUAUGGUGGUAUUUGUACUAGUAGAUACUGUAAAUGUACUACUGGAUUAAUUUUUAAUGGACAGGCAUGUGUUACAGAUCCAGAUUAUCCAUUUGAUCAGCCAUCUGUAAUUUGUGGAUCAAAUCAAGUACAAAUUAAUGGAAAAUGCUAUAUGAAAGUUAGCCAAGGUGGUGCUUGUCUUUAUAAUGAACAAUGUUAUACUUCAUCAAAUAUUGCCAUGUUAUGUCAAUCAGGAAAAUGUCAACAAUCAAAUUUAAAUCCAGGAAUUGGAGGUGGAGUUUUACCAACUAGUGUAUGUCAAGUACCUGGAGCAACUCCAGAAAUUGUUAAUGGUGCUUACAAAAAUUGUCUCUACACAACAUGUAGUUCAGGAUAUAGAUGUGAAUAUAAUACAGUUGUCAAUGGUGGUCAAUAUAUAUGUUGCGGAACUUCAUCAACAACACCAGGAAAUGGUGCUUACGGAAAUGUAAAAAUGUACCUUAACUAUAAUAUUCCAUUGGAUUGUAGAAAUUUAAACAGUUGUACAUUUGUUGAUUACCCAUAUUGUGUUAUGUCAGCACGUUAUGGACACAAAGUGUGUUGUAGCACAAUGUACUGUCAAUAA